GUAUCGUCUGGAUACUCCUGUCACUGUAGUUUGCCUUGAACACAAAAUCAAUCACAAGGAAUCUUCAUCGUAGGAGCAGUGUCCUCAGCAUGAUACGUGUCCACGUGGAUAACUAUGCGCCCAAGUACUACAGCGGCAAAUGGUCCUGGGACUCGACGAAGGACGAGCUACACUUUGAACCGCACAACGAUCUGGCGGAUGCCAAGGAGCGCUACAUCACAACAAACACCUUCAAGUUUCUCCGGACCAUAAACCAGGAGGAGGAGCUCGUGUUUCGGCACAUUUUCGUAAGAUCCGACACGACCUACGACACCGACGCAGUGGUGCUCAACGAUAUAAGAGAUCUGGUGCUCUAUUUUAUGCCCAGUGAGUUUCUGACAUACAAAUUUGUGGACUUUAUGCACCAUCGGGCGGUGCAUCAGCUGCUCCAUUCGCUGACCAUCUACUUUGAGUACUACCUCCGGAUGGUGGAGUUCGUGCUGAUCCGCCGCGAUGAGCUUUCCGGCCAAAUGGCCCAAGUGCAGAGCGAGCAAACGAAUGACAUGAAGCGGGUGUUCUCCGUGUAUCUGAGUCAAUAUCGGAUGCUGGUGGCCCGCAACUACAGUAUAAUCAUCAAAGGGGAGGGCGACUUGGGAAAGUACUACCACAUGAAGGAGAUCGUCAACAUCUCGGCCACCAUUUGGGACAAGAACUUCCACGAGCAGUUCCUCGCGUGCAGCACCCAGAUCGUGUGGAUUGCGAUGCACCGCAGGGCCUACAAUAUCAUCGAAAUGGAGAUGAAUCGUCUGUUUCGCUCCGAGCACUUUGUGACGGCUCGAGCGGAGUAUCCCAACUUUACGCCCGUGGAGAAGAGUCUCCUGUACGGGCGGAGCUCCAAAAUUGUGAACUAUCGCCUGCAGGUGUCGCCCCUCAUUCAGGAGUUGGAGGAUCCCAAGAAGGAGGACAUGCCCAUUCUGUGGAUCGGACAUCGCAAAUAUCGGGGCACUGACAUUCGCAUCAUGGAGAUGGAAAUGGAGUAUAUUGUGCCGGCGCCCCAACUCCGGCUGAUCGACGUGGCCCAUGGCAUUUUGGGGCAUCCCAAGAAGCUCUACAACACCAUCCUGGAGCUCGAUUGGCCCUCCGUGCGCUACUCCAACUUCUCGCUGAAGCACGAUCCCUACUUCAUUGUGCGACAGCCCCGCUUGCAGAUCCCCAAAAUGGAUGCCCUGAAGAUGCGCAAAAUGGCGAAAACCUUCGAGACCUUCUACCACAUCAAUGAGAUAUACGAUCUGCCCUCGCAUGAAAUCAACAUAAAGUGGGUGAAACGCGACAGGCUCAUCCAGUAUUAUCGCUCUGGUGGUCUGCUCACGAAUACCCUGCUGCGGGCCGAGAACGAGCUAAGCCGCACGAGCGUUGGGCCCAGCGUUGAUCAGAUUAUUGCCGAUUACAAGAAGGCCAAGGCCAAGCAUCGCAAGCAUUAAAUUUAAAUUUUUUCUUCCUUCAUUUCCGAUUUCCAAUUUCCAAUUUAAUGUUUCAGCUUGUUUUCCGUUUAUAUUUUAUAUCUAUUUUUAUAUAUUCUCAUGUGCAUGUGAAAACUAAUAUAAAAAAAAGGAAGGAAUUGAUUCCGGCAAUUAAUAGAAACAA